CCAAGAGAUGCUUACGCAUGUUUUCUCCAGUUCUGUGUGCUGAUUCUGAUAAUUUCGGGCUUUGCCUUAGAGACGAUGACGAAAGACACACGUGCUGAAGCUUUCAAAUUCCUAUAUUCGCGUUGUCUACGUAAGUGCUAGAGCUGUGCAGAAUACCCCAAUGGGUUCAAAGGCCCUCAACAAUUGAAUAUAUAUCAUGUUUUCCUCGUUGCAUAUCAUCUGUUCAUCAUCAUCAUCAACAUUCCCUGUCCUCUGCUCUCAGCUCAUUCUUUUUAUCUUCAACUCCAAUACUUUCGUUUUGUAAAAACACAUCCUUAAAGCACCAGCAAUCAUGCAGCUCACAAACCUGAUCGCCUCGGCUAUUAUAAGCUUUGCAGUGUUGAGUAUCGCUCAUCCAGGCGAGCACGAAGAACGCAAUGUUCAAGCCGAUCUCAUGAAACGAGAGUUCAAACUCAACGUUCGCCGAGGUCUUGAGGCUUGCGCCGAGAAAUUCGAACGCAGAGGUCUUAACGCUCGUGCUCAAGCCCGUCGCCAAGCCACAGUCGACCAGCAUCGCAAGAGGAAGAUGAUCCGAGACACUGACACCAUCUUGAACACCUCUCAUCUGUCAAUGGAAAACUACACCACCAGUACUCCUGAGGAUAUUAUAUUCGCUUCUAACAGUACGUGUGUGCUUUCUCCAGAGGGCGAGACUGGACCAUACUGGGUCAAAGGAGAGCAUAUCCGUUCCGACGUGCGAGAAGAGCAGCCUGGUGUGCCUAUCGUCCUGGAGGGCCAGUUUGUCGAUGUCGAGACCUGCGAACCUAUCAGUGGUCUCUAUUGGGAUCUCUGGAACUGCAACAGCACUGGCGUUUACUCUGGCCUCGUCGCUACUGGUAAUGGCAAUACAGAUGAUACAUCCAACUUAAAUGCAACUUUCCUGCGCGGCGUCCAGAAGACUGAUGAUGAUGGUGUGGUACAAUUCCAAUCGAUGUUCCCAGGUCAUUACUCUGGCCGCACGACUCACCACCACAUGGUCGCACACCUAAACGCCACUGUUCUUCCCAACAAUACAUUGACUGGAGGGACCGUGGCGCACAUCGGCCAGCUAUUCUGGGAUCAAGAUCUUAUCUACAAAGUUGAAGCAACAUAUCCCUACAACACGAACAACAUCACGUUGACUACCAAUGCCGAUGACCGUGUCUUUGCGGACGAGACAGAAACUACAUCAGACCCUGUCCUCGAAUAUGUUAUGCUGGGAGAUUCUUUGGCAGAUGGACUCUUCGGUUGGGUCACGAUUGCGGUUAACGUAAGCGCGACUUAUGAUCCGAAUUAUAGCUUCGUGUAUACCGCUUCGGGUGGGGUUGCCGAGAGUGGUGGGGACGUGACGGUUGACGGGGGUGGAUCUACAAAUGGAACUGCUGCACCCUCUGGGGCCGUGCCUUCUGGUGUGUAGGCUUUUCUUGUUUGCGUCUCGGUGUUUGAAAAGCCAGACCUGAGCUAACAAACAUCGACUCGCUUCAGAGAUCAAUGGGACUUUGGAAAGAGG